CAUCAUAACAACACGAUAUCACCGGGUCGCUUCCCAGUAAUUUCCUCUCGUCUCGCAUCUCGACUCGUUCUUGGUUGAGCUUCCAUCAGGCAAUUAAUCGAAUCUGAUAACAACCAAGAGAUAUCAGAGAGCCGUCCCAAGAAACAAGAAGAAGAAGAAAAGAUAAGAAAAAGCCCAGACUUUCCCUCUUAGCCAAUACGCGACGAUCAUUUUGACAUAUUUGGAGUCAAGUAACGCAGUUUCGGGUUUACUGAGGACGAGUUUCACAUCCUUUUGGAGUGCCGGUUCUGGUACAUUUCUCUGAACAAGCCCGCGGUGCACGACCAUGGCUGCUGUGGUUCAAUCGUUUCCUCAACAAAACGGAACAGUGACUAUGCUCCAGACGAGACCAAGCUCAUCAUCAGGGGGAGCCAUGCCGGGCCAUUCGCACCCACAUUCCCAAUCAGGGGCCAGCCAGCAGUAUGCCUCAAAUUCGCAGAAUCAACGGAAUAACGGCUCGUACGGCUUAGGAGGCCAGACAAGCUAUCGGGGCAUCUCUGCUACGGGCCCAGUCCAGCCCUAUGCGUUCACGUCUACUCCUGCACUUGGUAAUCCUGGCCAAUGGCAGCCAUAUGGAGCGUUGAGAACGACUUCCACUCCUAGUCUACCUACGACACAGACAUUGGGCACAGGUUCCAACACAAUUGCCCGACCACAAUAUCAGACGCAUGCUUCCAUGACCAAUGUGCCGACUACUGCCAAGGUCGCUGUGCAAGGCAUGACGCGCGACGAUUCCGCGCUGCCGUCGGGCACAAGACAGCAGGGCAUGUCGGCGGGCCAGCCGACGUUUGCUCAGGUUGCCAGCGGAAAAGCUGCGCCUGAAAGAUACCGGCGGGCGGCGCCCCGGGUAACAGUCGCCGAUUCCUCGUCCAGUUCUCAAAGUUCGACCUCGGGUGCAGGAUCAGCGAUGCCCUCUGGCUCCGGCAUGGCGACGGUCGUUCACCUAUACAACCCUCGCGCCAUUGGACAAAAGAUGUCACUUCCGAGGAACUCGGCAACACUACCCUCGAGGCCGCAUAGUCUUUACGGCUAUAUGCCUGGGAUGGCGGCAGACGAUAUGGUGAUUCAGAGACAACCAACUGAGGAGGAAUUGAGGAGGUUUCGCCGGCGUAGCAUGCACUCAAUCGAUUCUUCUGAAUUUACUAACCCUUUGACGCCACAAGAGUUCAAACAACAAACCGAGGCAGCUUUGCGUGGCCAAAAGUUCAACAUACCCGACAAGAAUACUAGAACAACUCGAGUUGUGCCUGUUCCUGCGUCAUCUCUGUCACCAAAUAAUACGGCCGCCGCCCAGGCCCGAAAUGGCAGCUCUGAAAGUCUAGUGUCAAGCAGGAGCAGCAAUUCUCGACCGUCUUCGUCUGCCAAUCGAAACUCGAAUGCAACGGCCUCCACAACUAGCCCCGCCUCUGCGGCGAACACAGAGGAAAAGCCCAGCAGUGCUCCCAAGUUGGUCACCAUUCCGCCUAGGGGCUCGUCCUCUGAUGCUGCGAAGCGGGUCGUCAACCCAUCGCCGUUGUCUAAGCCGGCGACCAUGGCAUCGGAGGAAGCAGUAAAGCCCGCCUCGGGUAGUGCCGCCAUGCCGCCGCCGAGCAAGGCUCCCGGCUCAUCACAUGGCUCUGCCGUACCAGCGGCAACCAGCCCUGCUGCUCAGCACCUUGCCGCUCUGAACGAAAAGGGUGCCAAAUCCAAGAGCAAAUCCUCGCGACUUCGCCGGGCUUUCUCUUUUGGCAGCGCGGCUGAUUUCAAGAAGGCUGCAGAUGCGGCGGAAGGAAACAAGUCAGGCCACAAUGUUUCAGGAAGGCUGCAGAAAGAACCCGAUGUUGAUGACUUGUUCGAACAAGAGCACGCUCGGAUAGCUCAGAAGCAGGAGGCUAGUGGUCUUGGAAGCCAAAUCUACUCGGGUACCAAGAUCUUUGCUGGAUCGACCGAUAACUUGUCCAUUUCUUCCACGGCGUCCUCGGCGUCUAUUAUGCUCCGAAAAAUGGGCAAGGGCAUGAAGAAGGGCGGUCGAUCUCUAGUGGGCUUAUUCCGGCCCAAGUCUCUCCACGGAACAUCAAUCGGAGAAGUCGUAGCCCCUGAAGCCAGUCAGGCAGCGGUCUCGAUGAUCACAGUCGAGGCAGAAAGGGAGAGAGUUAAUGUCAACUCAAACGCCGAUCUUACUCAGCAGCAAGGAGCAUCUGGGUUCCCUCGUUUGGAAAGAAAUUCCAUGGAUGCGAUGGAUGUUGUGCACACUGACAGCCUGAAGUCUGACGACUCGAAUGCUCGCAAGAGCAUCGUUGGAGGGGAAAGGGAACGAGCCGAAGUCCUCGGCGCCAUCAGAAAAGCUCGCAGCAACUCGCCCAGCCCAUCUCCACAGACUGGUAAAGGUCCUGUUUUCGAACUCCCAAUGAUUCCCAACGUUUCCGACUCGCCAUAUUCUAGUGCGCCCAGCACCCCUGGCGAAGAUGUAUCCGGCCACAAAACCAACGGAUCUGUCACGAUAGGGAACGAGGACUACUUCAUGUCGGCGCUGAAGCUUCGCCAGGAUACCAAGAGCGCUCCAGGGACGCCUUCGGCCGGCCUGGCCAAGCGUAACGCUACCUUCAGCCCGCGUAUCAUAUUCCAUGAUACAUGGCCCCCCCAAGAAUACGACAGAAGAGGAGAGAUUGCCACUUGCAAUCGUCUGACACCAAUGUUGGCUCAGCAAAUCAAGGAGGAAUUGAAUAGCUUUAAAAUGGAGAUGGAGGUACACGAAACGUCGAAGAUUUAUACGCACUUUUUCUGAUGACAAGCAUUUCAAGCGCAAAUCUUACUCAGCCUACUCAUUUCCGACUACAGCAUUGUUAUCUGUCAAUUUUG